AUGCUUGUAACUGCUCAAGUCAUUGAUGCUUCAUUUAACUUGCCCCUUCCACCGGCGAAGAACCCGUUUCCCGGGCUCUCCCGGCUGGAAGGAUUUAAUGAACCCCUGGCCCAGCACCCUGUCCCCACCCAGUACCCCAUCGCCUCUAGCUACCACCCAGCCGGCUCUAGCUACCACCCAGCCGGCUCUAGCCGCUACCAAGUCGAUGUCGACCAGCCCGCCGUAGCGGACCAGCCCGCCGUAGCGGACCACCCCGCCGUAGCGCGUUACCCCCCUCCGUAUAUUCCACCGACGUCCACCAUGUCGCACCCCCUUGCAGCGAGCCGUGCUGAAUGGGCAGCCAGCCGCCCGGAGCGCGCGUCCCCUGGACAAGCUGAAGGCAACGUAGCUGGGGGCAACCCGGGGGCACGUGCUUCGGAAACGGCGCUGACCUCGAGACCGAGACCUGAAACGCUGCAGGGCAUUGCGACACAGGACAUUGUGGCCGCCAUCGCGAUUCCACCGGCAGUCCUGCACAGUGGACUGGACGCGAAGGAAGGAUUAGAGGCGAGGGCAGGGUUAGAUGUGAACCAAGAUUUGAACGUGAAGGAAAUACCACACGUGAAGGAGGUCGACGCGGCACCCAAGGUUAAGGAAAUAGCUGAGCGACAAGCAGGUCCUGUGCCAGGCGCAGGUGCCGUAGCAGGCGCACGUCCGAUGCUCGGCGUGUAUGCCAAAGAGAUUUUGACUGAGGCGUCGACUGCUGCCGUUACUACACCCGGUAGCGCGAUCACUACACCCGGUAGCGUGAUCACUACACCCGGUAGCGUGAUCACUACACCCGGUAGCGUGAUCACUACACCUAGUAGUGCUAUUACUGCAUCUGCUGCUACUGUCCGGCCUGAGACGACGAUGGUUACUGCUGUUCGGCCUGAGACGACGAUGGUUACUACUGUUCGGCCUGAGACGACGAUCGUUACUACUGUUCGGCCUGAGACGACGAUGGUUGGUUCUAUUUCUUGGGCGGAGUCGAGUACGAGCGAGCAGGCAACGACAGCCGAUCACAAGCGGCUGACGACGAUUGAGAAGACGGAGAACUGGGUGGUAUUGGCGGGAGCAUUGAUCGCGCCGGCGGCGGUGGUGGGUAGUAUCGCGACGUACGGGUUGCGCAAGCGAGCAGGCCGGGGCGUGUGUGAUCCUGAUGACACCUACGAAAGUGACGGAGGAGGUUUCGAUAACGAUCUGGAUUCUUUCGUAUCCGAGACAGGUCAAGAUACACAGACUUUUCGGGUCGUAGGUAAUGAUGACAACGACAUGUGGCUCUACACUACAAGUCCUAAACUCAACAGGUAG